AUGGUCUCCUUUCAAUGCGAGGCAUGCGGCGAUGUUUUGACCAAGAAGAAACUCGACCCCCACCGAAACCAAUGUCGUGCCGCAGUUUUCACCUGCAUAGACUGCAUGACCACCUUCAAUGGCCUCGACUAUAGAUCCCACACAUCAUGCAUUUCGGAAGACCAGAAAUACCAGGGAGCGCUGUACCGGGAGAAACCCUCCAAAGCAGCAAAACGAAAGUCGGUGUCCAUUGUCGAGCCAGACGACUCCAAGGCCCUGGUGCCACGUCCAGCAUAUGUCGAGGACGCGCCCGAUGUUGAUGUCGACACUCCUCCUCAUGUCCCCACCCCUCCACCCGCCGUUCCAGCCUUGACCCGUGAUAGUGUCUUUGACUACAUGGUGGACGAGAGCGCCCCAAACACUCCUCAGAUCAGUUUUACGGCCAAAGAAAGGGAAGAAAUGUCCAUGGCCAAAGGUGCCCCAUCCAUCUUCACCAACAGCCGACCAUCGAGCCAGAAUGGAUACAGAAAUGAAGAAGAGCAGCUACUCAGUCAAGAGUAUCUGGAAAAUGGUUAUACAUGGGGCACCGAGCCCGUCAAGCCUCGGGGGAUGCUGGACAUGAACCACAGCUCCCUCACCUUGGAAUUCAUGACGCCUGCCGCCAAGGAAACCAAAUCAAAGUUGGACAAAAAGUCCCGGACGCGUUCGCAUAGUCGGACCGACAGUGGAAGUGGUCAGAAACGGAAACGUGAUGACCAGACCCCAGGUGACACGCUGAUGGUGGAUACAUCCAAGGUCUUGGACACCCCUACGAUUGUCCAUUCCGGUCUGACUGGGGGACUUAACCGGAUGACCACCGCAGAGGAAUAUCCAUUCCGACGAACACCCGAGACGGAAGAAAAGAACCAACUGGUGAUUGAAAAGAAUCGACCAGUUCGAAGAAGUCACAAAGUGGAAGAUCCCACCUCGCCCAUCAAACGUACCCGACACAGCAAGGAAGACCCCAACGGCCUGGGAAUAUCUAUCAAGGGUCGUGCCGUAAAGGCGCUUUCGAUGGUUGGGGUUGCCCUCCUUCCUGGCUCGGGCGACAAUUCGAAGGAAAAUCGAACGAGGAGAAGGGCCAGCUCGUCAGACCACGGCCAAAGCUUAUCACGUGCCCGAGAGGGAGAGAAACGUGAACGAAAGAAACACAAAGUCCACCGCCAUAACGGAACAGCAUCGGCCAAUGUUCGCCACGAACAUCGAUCCAAGCACCGGAGUAACAGUGAAUCGCCAUCUCACUCACCCAACGAAGGCACGACGCGAAAACUCAAGGCGAUUGAAUACCGCAAACAGGAUGAUUCGGGCUCGGACACCGACUCCGAUCCCACACCUCAGAACGCUCAGGGUGACGUCUCGAGAAGGAAGUCUACCAACGGCACAAUGGUGGUGUUUGGGGCCGAGGAAAAGCAGAAACGAGCAUGCCGGAGCUUUCUAGCCAACGCACCAGGGCUAGAUUCGGAUAAAGGAUAUUCGAUCCACAAAAUGUUAAAACGAUGGCAUAAACAAAAUGACGCCAGGAGUACGGCUCUCAAACUGGAAGAGGAACAGGACCUCUGGCGGGGUCUACGGAUCAGGAGGAACGAGAAGGGCGAAUUUGUUCUACUCUUGUGA